GCAAAGCCACGAGCCAGCAGCGACCACAGUGAGACGAGCUAUCAGCUCUCAGUGCAGUACGCAGCGCAGGGACAUCAGCGCCCAUUCCCCGUGCACAGACCUCCCGCAGCCCCUGGCAAUGCCUGCGUCCACGGCCGGUCCCUUCGCGCUAAGUCCUUCUGGCUUCGUAGCUAAGCUGUGCGAUAAAGCUGUCCUUCCCUCGCUCCCCUUCUCCGCCUGCGGCGACAGCGAAACCUCUUCUCUCGCAGCAACGGCAGUUUGUCUUAGAGAAAUCCCAGCUAGCAGGCAGGUUGGGAGGGCAAAAAGAGGAAGGAAGGAGGAAGAAGAAAACUCAAGGGCGGCAACUCAGAGCUGAGUACACAAAAACAUCUUCAAAGCAAGGAGCUUGUUUUUCAAAUACACCGUGGUUUCGCUGGAAACAACCAGAGCUGAGCCGGGAGCGGGGCCAAUCCCAGGGCUGCUGCCAGCCCCGAGCCCUGGCAGCGCGCCCUAGUGCGCAUGUAACCCAACCUGCACCCAAACUGCCCCCGUCCCACACCGAGACCGAGAGGCCCCCGACCCACACCGACAGGCUGCCACCUCUUCGGGGCACUACGACCUUUCUUUUUCCUAUUCUCUGCAGUCCCUUGCCAAAGGAUGGGUUCCACAACAGCAAUAUUUGCCCGUGAUGCUUUUAUCCUUUCUGGCUCUUUUUCAGGUCCAAGCAUUGCUCACCCUGACAACUUGCUGGAAAAAUAUCCCAGUGUCUCCUUUUGGUGACAGGGAGGCUGCUGUGAUCAAUAUCAAACACAGUGACCUCUGGUAUUUCUGAUGGCUCCCUGGGCAGCUAAUCAUCUCCAUAUACUUAGUUACUGAUGUCACAGUGGUGCGGGUAAAUAUUCCUGACAUAUAUUGCUGGGGAAUGCUGUGCUAAGCAAGAUGGAUUUCUUUCUUCUUCCCCUCCGUACGCACUGCUCCUGCGAAUGUGAGAUCCUAAGGGUGCAUCAGACCGCACAAAUCCCCAGACUUGUGUCAUCUGCUCCAUCUUCUGCCAUUUUUGCUGCCUGCCACUGGAUGCUUUUUCAGAUGCUGGGAUCUUGGCAGCUCUUGAUACAGCUGAGCUGUGUGUGGCAUUACUGUGCAUUUCUCGACAAACUAAGGUUUUUGGCUUUAACAUAGACCUGGUUUGGCAACAAUUCUAGUCUAACACCCUAAUCACAAACUCUGUGCUUACAUAUCUUCCACCCCUUUUGCAGCAUGGACUCUGGCUUGGUGUAAGAUAUGUGCCCUGGGAGUUACAGGAUUUAAUAAGGACAAGAAAUGGCGGAUUGGAUGAAGGGAAAUAUCCUUUUCCCCACGUGGAAUGAGAUGGGUUGCUGUGUGACAGGAGUGCUCUGCAUUCUCUAUACACAGAUGGGAAAACCUGGCAGAGCAAACAUUCCAUAUAAAAACACAAAAAUUUUGAUCAAAUUGUGCUGUCCAGCCCCAGUCCCCAAGUAGCAGCCCUUCUCCCCAGCCCUGUUCUCUGGGCUGGAUGCAACAGGAUGCAAUACAGUCGCGGCCAGGUGAUGGUCAUGGGAAUUCUGGCAUCAUCCCACUCCAAAAAAACUCAGUGAGCAGGCUGUGCCAGCACAGAGCAAAGCGAGCUGGAGCCACAGGGCUUGGAGAUCCACAAGAAUCUAGGGCUGUUAGAGUUAGUUCCUUUUCUUCACUGGUCAUAAUCCUCUGUUUUGUAAACUAACACAGCAGAUGUGAGUGAAGAAGUUUGGAAAGGAGACAGGGAACACCUUCACACAGUAUUGUGGCUCUUCCUUCAACAGGAAUAGAAAAAAUUAAGCAGCAAGGUUCUUAACCAAGGGCUCAUGGAAAGUCAGAUUAUGCACCGCAAAGAAAAACAUGACAAAAUUAAAAAAGAACAGGACAAAGAAAUCUAUUGGACCAGAAACUUCACACCGGUGAAGCAGAAGCCAUCCAAAGAGUUGAGGCCGAUGCUGGGGGCCGUCACGCUGGGCCUCAUCCUGUUCAUCGCCGCGGUGGUGGCCUGGUGCUACUACACGGUGUCCCUGCGGAAGGCGGAGCGGCUCAAGACGGAGCUGAUGGACCUGCGGGCGGACGGCUUCGUCAUCAGGAACCAGCACGGGGAGGUGGUGUUCCGGCUGGCGUUCCGCUCGGGGAGCCUGGACCUGGAGUCGUGCUCCAAGGAGGGCGAGAUCCUGAGCUGCACGCGGUCGGACCGGGGGCCGCUCAACUUCUUCAUCCAGACGGUGAAGCCCAAGGACACGGUGAUGUGCUACCGCGUGCGCUGGGAGGAGCUGGCGGCCGGCCCGGCGGUGGAGCACACCAUGUUCUGGGAGGACGCCCACUGGUACGGGGGCUCGGAGAUGAGCACUCAGCACUGGCCCAUCCGCCUGGCGGGCUACCAGGAGCCCGUGCCCUACGUCACCAGCGACGUCUACUCUUUCCGCGACAGCUUCGGGGGCAUCCUGGAGCGCUACUGGCUCUCCUCCAAGGCGGCGGCCAUCAAGAUCAACGACUCGGUGCCCUUCCACCUGGGCUUCAACGCCACCGAGCGCUCCCUCUUCUUCCAGGCCCGCUACAAGGACUCUCCCUACAAGCCCCCGCCGGGGCAGCAGCCCUUCCCCGAGCUGAGCUACCGGGUGUGCGUGGGCUCCGACAUCACCUCCAUCCACAAGUAUAUGGUGCGCAGGUACUUCAACAAGCCCUCCAAGAUCCCUGCUGAGAACGCCUUCCGAUACCCCAUCUGGUCCACGUGGGCCCUCUACAAGAACGAUAUCGAUCAGGAUAAACUCUUGCGAUUUGCAGAAAAGAUUAAGAAAUACCAUUUCAAUUGCAGCCACAUUGAAAUUGAUGACAUGUACACACAGGCCUAUGGGGACUUUGACUUUGACCCUGUCAAGUUCCCCAACGUAUCUGAGAUGUUUGCAAAACUGAGAGAAGAUGGGUUUAAGGUCACUCUGUGGAUUCAUCCCUUCAUACAUGUGGAUUCUUCAAAUUUUGGUGUGGGGAUUGAGCGUCAGCUCUUCAUCAAGGAGCCGUCAGGGCGGCUGCCAGCCAUGGUGGAAUGGUGGAAUGGCAUUGGGGCCAUCCUGGACUUUACCAACCCAGCAGCCCGGGACUGGUUCCAGAGUCACCUGCGCCAGCUCCGUCACAAGUACGGCAUCUCCUCCUUCAAAUUUGACGCAGGUGAGACCAGCUACCUGCCCAAGCAGUUCAGCACCUUCCGGCCUCUCUCCGACCCCAGCAUCUGGUCCCGGCGCUACACCGAGAUGGCCAUCCCCUUCUACGAGCUGGCUGAGGUACGGGUGGGCUACCAGUCGCAGAACAUCUCCUGCUUCUUCCGCAUCAUUGACCGCGACUCUGUGUGGGGCUAUGAGCUUGGCCUCAAGUCUCUCAUCCCUACAGUGCUCACCAUCAGCAUGCUGGGCUACCCCUUUAUUUCUGCUGACAUGAUUGGAGGAAACUUCCUCCCCAACAAGACGGAUGGAGCAGUUGAGAUCCCGGACCGGGAGCUGUACAUCCGAUGGCUGGAGCUGUCGGCCUUCAUGCCCUCCAUGCAGUUCUCCAUCCCACCGUGGCUCUACGACAAGGAGGUGGUGGAGAUCGCGCAGAAGUUCACGGAGCUGCACGAGUCGCUGGUGGCCCCGCUGCUGCUGGAGCUGGCCGGGGAGGUGACCGACACGGGAGACCCCAUCAUCCGGCCCAUCUGGUGGAUCUCGCCCCGCGACGAGGCCACGCACCGCAUCGACUCGCAGUUCCUCAUUGGGGACACCCUCAUGGUGGCUCCUGUGCUGGAGAUGGGCAAGCAGGAGCGCGACGUCUACCUGCCGGCGGGCAAAUGGCGCAGCUACAAGGGGGAACUCUUUGAGAAGACGCCAGUGCUGCUCACGGACUAUCCUGUCGACCUGGACGAGGUCGCCUACUUCCUCUGGGUUUCCUAACCGGAUCCUCCAUCUGCUUUGCUAUGGUCUUGUGGAUUAGUGAACACUUGAUUUGAAUGACCUGAGAAUUUUAAUAGUUUUUGAAGUAGAACUGUAUAAUUGUUUAAGUAAGAAGAAAUAUUAUCACCUCUCUUAGUGUUGCAAUUGCAGUGGAGUAAUAAAGCAACAUAUUGGAUGUAUACCUUUGUUCUUUCUGUUUGACAGUGUAGUGAUGGAGAUUCUCCCCUUCUAGUAUUUUCUCAUCAAGGAAGGCCGUUCACAUUAUAUAAAUGACUACAUUUGUCUGUGGUUUACAGGCAGUUGUGCUGCAGUUGUUUCUGUAAGAUGCUUAUUAACCCCCAUUUGCUUAGUGGACAAGGCAGUUGAAGCAGAGAACUUUCUUAAAAAUAAAAUUAAAAAAUCCAUGAUUAACCCAAAGGAGGUGACUUCAAAUUUUCAGCCUGUAAAUCAGAUGGGUGCUGAAGCAGGGUGAGUUUCCAUUUCCCAUGGAUAGGGUUAUCCAAUAUAGCAGAAAGAAGCUUUAGCACUUCUUAAUACUGUGGCAAUCAUCUCCUUUUAAUGAAAUAAAUUACUGAGAAACAUGUC